AUGUAUUGCCUCCAGUGGGCACUGUCUGUCCUCCUCAUCCCCAAGCCCCUCAAUCCUGCCCUGUAGUUCAGCCACUCCAUGCAUGGACUGAACCUUCUCAGCAUUCUCCUAGAAGAGAAGCCUGCCAUACUCUGUGCCUUGGCUUUCCCAGCAGCCCUGCUCCUUAUCUGUUAUGGCUGCUGGGGACACUGUUUCCUGUACCACUGCACAGAUUCCCCACUUUCAGGUUUGCCACACAACCCUGUUGUUGUGAGCACCUAA